CAAGGUUGAAGUUAAUUUCUUGUAAGUUUCGGACUAUCCGCACAAAUUGUCUUCCUUAAUUAUAUCAGUUUUGAUGGAUAGACCUUGUUGACCUGCAUUACUUUCCAGAACUGAAUGUUGACAACGUAAAAAUUUGGAUUUUCAGUUGGUCAAGGUCAUGGUCAACAGUCUUAUGAAAACUGUAUCCACACAAUAGCUUGAGAACCGCUUCACCUGAGGACUGUCAAGCUUCAGUGGAAGGUUAGGACAUUGACCAGUUGAUGACCCCUAUAGUUAAAUGCCAGUGAAAAAAUGGGAGACUGGCUGCAUUGUAAUUCAUGUUACCGACAGCCAGGCAGUGGCAGGAACUAUUUCCUCACCAACUGUGGUCAUAUCUACUGUGAAAAUUGUCAGGACAAAGGUUGGAAGGAACGUUGUUUGUUGUGUGGCACAGGACAUCCCAGUUCCUUCAAGCUCACCUCAAAAUUACCCCCACCAGUGGAUGCCUACUUUUCUGAUCCAAUCAAGAUGCUGAAGCAGACUGCAUCAGAAAUGAAACAGAUACUAGCUGCUACAGAAUUUCAACAUCAUCAGAGGAAGCGCUUCAUGACACAUUUACAAAAAAAUGUGUCCAAUCAGAAGGCCAUUGUAGAAAAGUGUGAGAAAGAGCUAAAGGAGAAGACCCUGACUGUAUUCGCUCAACUUGAAAAAGAGAAGACUAAAUACCAGAAUGAGAGCAGACAGUUGAAAGAGGAGAACAAGUACUUGAAGGUCCUCCUCAGUGAAAAGGGACAGACUCCCAUAAGGAGUCCUUCUGGUGACAGGCUGAGACCAGACUCCUCUAAUUCCCCAGCAACAAGGGGUUAUGGUUCUCCAUGUAACUUCAACCAACCUUCUAGAGGAACCCCUUCGGAGCCAUUCAAGAAUACGCCUGGAUCCACUAUAAUGACAUCCGGCCGGAUCUGUGUGAGAACACCGCCUACAGGGGGAAGGAUGGGUGUGAUUCCUGACAGCACCCCAUCCCCAAAGCCCCAGUUUAACAAGACUCCCAAAUCAGUGCCCCACCCAAUCAACUUUGACUGGAAUAUGGAAACUUCUCCCAAAUAAAAAGUGAGAGCAUAAAGUUGGAUAAUGACAGUCUCAUGGUGUGUCCGAGGAGUUUAAUUUUGUAACAUACUUGCAGAGAUUUAGUCAAAACUAAUCCUGAAAUCAUCAUUCAGAGAUUUCUAUUUUAGAAUAUCGUACAUUUGUGAAGGUAGUUUUUCGCUUGACAUCAGAAUUAAAAAUAGUAAGAAUAACUUUAUAAUUGAUAUAAACCACUUUGAAAACAAUAUUUGAGAGGUAAUGCUGCUUUUGACCUGUAUGGGCUGUAUCUUUCAUAAACAAACAAAACUUUCAGGACUUGUAUUUUCGGUCUGUUAUCGUCUCUGAUUUUGGCUGUGAUAUCCUAUUCUUUUGUUGAUUACAAUAUCUUGUAAUGAAUCUUUUUAACGAUGUGAUUUAGUUUACUACAUUUUUAUUGUAACUGUUACUUGUACUCUGCUGUAUAUAACACACAACAUAUAGUUUAUUGUAAUACAAGACCUCCGGCCGUAAAUACAGUUAUCAGAUUAUCAAACAGCAGUGAUGAAAAAGGAUAUGCAGUAGUACUCUGAGUAUGUUAAUAUGCCCAUGAAUACAAUUGUCUAGCAGACAUAUAUAUAUAUAAGUGUUUUUACAAUGCAGACAAUAUAUCAAUAUCUGUUCAAGUAAUACAAUGUUUCUAUCGGAUAGCUUUGCCAGCUGUUACAGCCAGUCCACACUCAUGGUUUCGCCAGCCACACAUAUUUUGAUAUUCAUUCAACUAUCAUAUCAUAUAUCAACUACAGAUGCAUCAACAUUAUGAUUAAUAAUACUGGUCAUUAUGUAUAUUGACAUAAUAAAGGCCACAAAAUUAAAUUGUUACAUAAACACUAUGAAGAUUUAUCAUGACUUUUUUGUAUGAUUGAGUUUUUCAUUUGAGGCCAAGUAUAUAUUGUUGUAAGAAUGUGUUAAAAGAAUAAAUUGUUGGGCCAAUUGUUCAAAACUUUGUUAAAGAUAACAUUGUAAUUAAUGACUUCAUUGUUAAAUUUUAAACGUGAAACAUUUCAUGAUGUACUCAAAUUUUUAAAUAUAAACAAGAGUAGGUGAAACAGUUGUCUAUAAUAUUGUUAAAAUACCGCAGAUCAUAAGGGUAUCAAUUAAACUCAAAGUUAACAACUAUUAAAAGUUAACAACUAUUAAAAGUUAACAACUAUGACAUUAAAGACGUUGUUAACUUUAAAAAAGUUCUGAACAAUCUGCCUGUUAAGCAACUCUAUGAGCCUUUAUCACCGGGGAUUGAGGUAAAUAACAAUCCAGUGUGUUUGUAUAUUGGUGUUUUAUGUUUUAACAAAUAAAUUAAUUGUUCUGUAGCACUACAAAGCUUUAUAAUCAUUUGUGAAUUUUACAUUCCAGUUUGUGUGUACAAGUAUAUUGGUGUUAUUAUAUGUUAUAAGUGAAAUAAAUUGUUAAUUACAAAGCUUUAUAAUAAUCUGUGAUUGAGCUUUAUAUUCCAGUAUGUGUUUUUGGCGUUAUUUUGAGUUAUAAA